AUGGGUUAUCAACAGCUCCUGUGGAAGUGUGGAAGUGUGGAAGUUGGCGAUAUAGAAUUCAUUUGCUCCUUGAAAAAAAAAGUAAAAUCAAAAAUAACUUCAAUUUUCAAAUCGAUGAAAGACAAUAAAGCGUCGUCCAACACAUCAAAAGAGAUAAGAAUAAAUUUAGAGUUGAAGAAAAGUAAAUUAGAAAUUGAAUUACAGGAACUAGGGAAACUAGAGGACAAAAUUCAAAAGAUUAAAGCAGAUCUCCAGAAAAUUGAAGGAGUUCUAAUACGGCCUUACAUGGUCGUGUUCUCAUUAAUUCAAUUUCUAACAUAUAAGUUUUCGCAUCAGUAAAUAAGUAUUUGAUUCUUUUAAUAAAUUUAUUA